CAAAAGCACUAGAGACUGGAUUAUUCUUAAAUCAUAAUUUUUCAGUCAGCCCUUACGACGUUUUAAUUCUGCUUUAGCAAGGCGGAAUUUUUUUUUGGUAUCCGAGAGAAUGAAAUGUAACACAAGAAAAGAAGCGACGAGAAAGACAGAUACUCAACCAACCUAAUCGCGUGACGCAAAUUCGUUUAGCCGCCAAGGAAAUUUCUUUGGACGUCGAAAGAAGAUAUCUGCAAAACCUAAAUUUAAAUCUGUUAAGAACGUCUGGGACGAGUGCAAAACGUUUUGCUUCGUUGAUUUUUUGAGGAAUUGGAUUAAUUAAUAUCCAAAAUGCAGAGUGGAGAUAAGGCCCUCGAAAUGGAACAGGUACCUGCUGCUGUUCAGAUGGAGCGUCAUGCACCUCUCCGAGAGGAACCGCCGAAAGACUACUUCAAACUGGCUGUGGUGUCCGUAUUCUUUUGUCCAUUGAUUGGUGCCCUGGCGGUUUACAUGUCACAUUUGACUAAUUCGCGAUACGAAGAAGACGACAUAAAAAGAGCAAAUGAUGCUUCUAAAGAUGCGCGGUUCUCAGCAUUUUUUGCCAUUUUCCUCGGAGUUGGCAUCAUCUUCUUUUUCAUUUUCAUUGCAGCUAUCGUGCCAGAAUUCGCUUAGAAAUUUUGGUGAAUUUCAUUUGGAUGCUUUUCGAGGUCUUUUCAAAUUGUAAAGUUGAGAAAAAUAUGUAGUUCUAAUUCGAACUUGCACUCAUUUGGGAAAGCAUAGAAAGUACGUAUGUUUAUGUUCAUAAACCUAAUAAUGUAUUCGUUUUACUAAAGUGAUAUGCGAUUAAUCAGAGACAAAUGGACUUCAGUACAAAAUGCAUGAUGAAGUAUGAUUAUAUUAGAUUUCUUCCCAUUAGUUAUCAGCCUCGAAAGACCAUAUAUAUUUUUACUUAUUAAUUAACAUGUGUUAUCGUAUCCGAGGAAGUUUAGGCAAUCUAGUUUUAUUAGCCAUCAACUUCUCCUCAAGCCCAAGUUUAAUUAUCGUGGAGAAGCACGAAAACUUUGCACCAAUUGUAUUUGACGGGUUGGCUAUUUUUUGUGCUUUGCAGAAACAGUUUUUCUGCCGCUCUAUAUAACUGUAAUUUUUCCUGGAAAACAUGUCUAACAGAGAAGAAAAUGCAAUAUCUUCAGUUUCAAUUACUGGUUGAGUUAUACCGAAGGAUUUCUCCCAUCUUCAAGAGCCCGGAAAUCGUGUUCAUGGAUAUUUCCAGUAAGACCAAUUACGAAGAUCAUGUUGUGACACACGAUUCGCCUUCUCAGUUCUUCACAUGCAAUUAAAAUUUCUGUAUACUAUUUAUGAAGUAUACGCAAGCUCAUUCCAAUUUACAUUUAUCGUGUAAAUGUCGCUUCUUUCCAUCCUGUGGAAUUUAAAGUUGUCCACAUUACGGGUAGGGAUUCUAAAGGGCUAAAUUCUAAAAGUCGAAGGACUGUUCCCCUCAUGUUACACCGAUUAUUUUUUUUAUUAAAAUAUAGCACUGUAUUGUUAUUGUAAUAAAUAAGAAUCAGGCUUUGCCUCCUAAAGCCAGAGUGA